CUUUAAUUGCGUAUGAUAAAUAGCUGUUCUUGACUUCUCAGCUACUUCACUUGUCAGAUUAGAUCUAGUUGAAGUCAAGCGAAACAUAAUGUGUGACCCUGGUCCUCCUACGGUCCAUCCUGGGCCUCAGUCUGCUCCUCUGCUAGUAUCUGUCUCUUGGCUGAAGAACAAUCUUAAAACUCCUGGAAUAAAGAUCCUUGAUGGAACUUGGCAUGCACCAGCAUGGAAUAGAGAUGCUGAAGCUGAAUAUCUGAGUCAACACAUUGAAGGAGCUGAAAAGUUUAAUGUUGAUGAAGUUGUUGACAAGACGUCUUCCCUGCCAUACACUCUACCUCCAGUUGAGCAAUUUGAUGCCUAUGUUGGUGGAAAGCUUGGUAUCAGCAAUGACGAUCAUGUCAUUAUCUAUGAUAAUUACAGUCCCUUGGGAAUGUCCUCAGCUCCAAGAGUUUGGUAUACUUUCAAGUUGUAUGGUCAUGAUAAAGUAUCAGUUUUGGACGGAGGAUUUCCAAAAUGGUUGGAGGAAGGAGGGCCAGUAGGAUCUGGAAAAAUUAUGGUAAAGAGACAGCCUGUCAGUUAUAAGGGGGUCUAUACUCCUGAAGUAAUCAUAACAUAUGAGCAGUAUUAUGAUGCAUACUACAGCAAAUCUGCCAAGCUUCUUGAUGCAAGGCCUGCUGGAAGAUUUAAUGGCACAGCUCCUGAACCAAAUCCAAAAUUUCACUCUGGGCAUGUAAAGGGCAGUUCAAAUUUGCUUUGGUUUAAUUUCAUCGACCAAAAGACUAAAACAGUCAAGAAACCUGAAGAAAUUGUUAAAGUUUUUGCUGAUGUUGGUGUUAAUAUAUAUGAAGACAAUUGCAUAGGCUCUUGUGGAAGUGGUGUGUUCUCAACUUGGAUUGCAUUUUCUGCAAGACUGCUCAAUAGAAACAUACCAAUAUACACUGGUUCAUGGACUGAAUGGUAUCAGAGAGGGCCAGAUGACUCGAAAGUCCUUGGAAUAAAGGGAGAAGAUUUGAGGCAGUAGUUUGAAUUAUCUCCUCUGUACUAUUUUGUCUACAACUUUUAGUUUAGUAUAGCUAUAUAACUAAGAUUUGAAGCAGUAGCUCUGAUUAACUUCUCCAUAUUAUUAUUUUGUACAACUUUUAGUUCACUAUAGCUAACUUUUAGCAUAU